AAGUGAAGUCAGUCUUAUUAGGAGUAUUACUGUAUAGUGUUUUGAUACUGUGUACUUUCUUUACUAAUAAUACCAAUGUUGCAAAAUUCAUAUUUUUUCAUUGAAAUCUCGUAUCGAAAUCUCGUAAAAAAUCUCGUAAUUUGUAUCGUUGUUUGUGUUUGUGUUUUGUAGUGAUUUAAAAUUAUUUUGUUGAAAUAAAAAAUGUCAUCUAUUAACAAGUUAAAACUUCUUCUUUGGAAGAAUUUUGUUGUUCAGAAGAGGCAUAAAUGGCAAACAUUAUUUGAAAUAUUGUCUCCUGUGAUAUUAUCAAUAUUUUUAAUUUGCAUAAGAUGUCUAGUGGCUCCUAAAUCUUUAGCAAUGCAAAGCUAUCCACCCUUUUCCCCAACUUACUUUAAUAUUUCUGAACUAAAUGGGGAGUAUAGGUCUGACAUGACAUUAGCCUUUUCCCCUGAAAAUUCUCUUACAAGGAAAGCAGUAGCAAAUACAUUUUCGAUUAUAGCUGACGAUAAUUUUGGUAUAUUGGCUGCUAUUUUUGUUGACAUGAAUUCUCAACAUAGACCCAUUGGAUUUAAGAACGCAAAAGAUAUGGAGGCAGCUCUGACCAAACCACAUGUCAUGAAUCGAAUUCUUGUAGGAAUUCAAUUUGAUGACAAAAUGACUAAUGCCACAUCUUGGCCUAAUGACAUUAAAAUAACUCUAAGGUUCCCAGCCACUAUGCGCAACCCAUCACUCGAUCAUCCACUACUGUCUAGUUGGAGAACAAAUCUAUUAUUCCCUCUGUUUCCGCAAGCGGGACCCAGGGAACUAAAAGAUAUAUACGGAGGACGAUCUCCAGGAUAUUCACAAGAAAUGUUUCUUGCUAUUCAGCAUGCACUCUCUAAAAAUAUCAUAAAGCAAAAAACAGGCAAAACUCUGGAUACUAAUGUAUACCUCCAACGAUUACCUCAACUUGCAUCCAGAGAAGAUACACUGUUGGUUGUUCUGGAGAGAUUUGUGGCGAUAAUAUUUAUGAUGGGCUUUGCUUACACUUUUAUGAAUACUGUGAAGGGUAUAACUAUGGAAAAAGAGUUACAACUAAAGGAAACUAUGGCUAUAAUGGGACUUCCUUCGUGGUUGCACUGGGUAACGUGGUUUAUAAAACAAUUUUCAUUCCUGUUCGUAACGGUUGUUAUAAUAGUAAUUCUGUACAAAAUCCCAUUACGGUAUACUGCAAAUGGUGAAGGUUUUGCAGUAUUUACUUUUACACCAUGGACAGUGCUUCUGUUUCUGAUGACGCUGUUUAUAAUCGUUUCGCUCGCGUUUUCCUUCAUGGUCAGCGUAUUUUUCUCGAAAGCUAGUACUGCAGCUUCUGUGAUGGCGUUGAUUUGGUUUGGCACGUUUGCUGUUUUUAUGUUCACACAAAUGAUACAUGACAAUGUUAGCUCGCGAACUAAGUUGGUUAUCAGUUUAUUAUCAAAUACUGCAAUAGGGUAUGCGUUUCGCAUGCUUAUUGUCGCCGAAGGAGCAUCUAAAGGUUUACAAUGGGGUGAAUUUUUUGAGCCGGUGUCGUACCAUGAUGAGCUUCUUCCAGGCCAUGUUGUUAUUAUGAUCAUCGUAGAUAUUGUGCUCUACAUUAGUAUCGCCUUAUACGUCGAGAAAAUACGGCCGGGGAUGUAUGGAGUGCCAUUACCUUGGUACUUCCCUUUUACAAAGAGUUUCUGGAUAUGCAAUAAUGUAUCAGAAAUAAACGAAAAAAAGUGCAUAGUUGAUGAUAACCUAGAAUAUAAUGAUUCGCUUUUAAAAGUCGUCCAUGAGGAGGAACCAGCAGGUGUGCCUAUAGGCGUUAACAUACAAAAUCUUACGAAACUAUACAAAGGUGGUAAAAAAGCUGUAGAUAAUAUGAAUCUUCGAUUAUACGAGAACGAGAUAACUGUACUCCUGGGUCAUAACGGGGCGGGUAAAACUACUACUAUGUCGAUGUUAACAGGCAUGGUACCUCCGACGUCGGGUUCGGUGACCAUAAACGGGUACAACAUAGUGAGUGAGACGGAGCUGGCGCGACGCUCGGUGGGCAUCUGUCCGCAACACAACGUGCUGUUUCCGGACCUCACCGUGGCCGAGCACAUCGUGUUCUACGCGAAGCUCAAGGGCGUGCCGCAGAACAAGAUCCGCGCUGAAGUGGAUCACUUCAUAAAGGUGCUAGAGUUAGAGGAGAAGCGAGACGCGUUGUCGUCGACGCUGUCGGGUGGGCAGAAGCGGCGGCUGUCGGUGGGCUGCGCCAUGUGCGGCGCGUCGCGCGUGGUGUUGCUGGACGAGCCCACCUCGGGGCUCGACCCCGCCGCGCGCCGCGCGCUCUGGGACCUGCUGCAGAAGGAGAAGAGAGGACGCACCAUGAUCCUCACCACGCACUUCAUGGACGAGGCGGACGUGCUGGCGGACCGCAUCGCCAUCAUGGCGGGCGGCCGGCUGCAGUGCGUCGGCACGCCCUACUUCCUCAAGCGGCACUACGGGGUCGGCUACAAGCUCACCGUUGUCAAGGACGACGGCUGCCCAGUCGAUGAUGUCACCAGGUUUUUCAAGUCUCACGUACCCAAAGUUAAGAUAAAUUCCGACAUAGGGUGUGAGUUGACCUAUAUAUUCCCUAAAGAAAAUGUGAGCAAUUUUCCUGAUAUGCUUCGAGAAUUCGAAGGAAAAAAAGAAAAAUUCCACGUAUCGAGUUACGGUCUAUCUGUUACUAGUCUGGAAGAAGUGUUUAUGAAAGCUGGAGCGGAAAAUAGAAACGACAUAGAAGAAGAACAUAAUUAUGAAGCCAAUCUUAACUUUUCUCCUUUGUGCGACGACACGCAACGUGGUUAUUGUGUUGGCCCUGAUCAAGAAGUUAGCGGUCUCACAUUGCUGGAAAAUCAUAUAAAAGCUACAUUUCUGAAACUUGCUUACAAUACUGCGAGAAGCAAAGGCAUUAGCUUAAUUCAAGUGACAUGGGCAGCUAUAAACGUAACAAUUGCAAUGAUAAUAUCAACAUCAUGGAAGUUCUUAUCUGAUCUACCGCCUUUAGAACUUAGCUUGGAGGGAUACCAUAAAACGCAAACAAUAAUAUCCCAAGCACAUAAUCUCACCGACGGCAGCCUCGCAGCAAGGGCACUGAUCGCUUACAAAGAUUACUUCAAAACGUCGACAAUACCGAGCAUGACUCUCACGGAUGUAGGAGCGAUGGAUAUUGAAAAAUUCUAUUUGAAAUUGAGCGAAACGGAGUCAUCUCGGGUGCGUUACGAGGCGCUGGUGGGCGCGACGUUCGGCCGCGAUAACGUCACCGCGUGGUUCAGCAACUACGGCUACCACGACUGCGCCACUGCGCUUGCGCUCGUCGACAAUGCAAUAAUAUCUGCUCUCUCACCUGGCACGUCGUUAAAAUUUGUCAAUCACCCUUUACCGUACUCUGUGAAUAAUAUGGUGGAGAUUAUGGAGACUGGCGGAAGUUUAAGCCAUGUGCUGUCGUUCAAUUUAGCAUUUUGCAUAGGCGUUGUGAGCUCAGUUAUAGUACUCUUCAUUAUUAAGGAACGCACGAGUGGUGCGAAGCUUCUACAGCGUGUGUCGGGGCUGCGGCCCGCCGUGCUGUGGGGCGCGGCGCUCGCCUGGGACUGGCUCUGGAUGUUCGUAGUAUUCCUCUGCAUCAUAGGCACCAUCGCAUGCUUUCAGGAGCCAUCUGUCUCUACAUUUGAUGAACUUGGUAGAGUCAUGUUGGUGCUGACGACAUUUUCUUUUGCGAUUAUACCAAUUCAUUAUCUGGCUUCCUUUUGCUUCGUCGAAGUAGCGGCAGGGUUUGUCAAAAUGGUGUUUGUUAACAUUUUUACCGGGAUCGCCCAAAGCUCUAUGUUGUUUACUUUAGUGUAUAAUUUUUUUUUUAUUGGCUUAAUACCAUUUUUGUUCACGGAACUUUUACGAAUGCCUGUUCUGCACAUGGAGUCAAUUGCUUCAAUGUUUGACUACGCAUUCUCUAUCUUUCCUAUAUAUUGCGCUAGUAGGAGCAUCAGAGAAAUGAUCGUGUCCUCUGUAAGGAUGAACGCGUGCGAUAGUCUGUGCAGUCAGCUAGACUUGGAGAACUGCACGCGGCUCACGGUGUGCCACAAACUAAACCUUGAUAUAUGUUGUAUUGAUGACAACUCGUUUUUGACAUGGGAGGAGCCUGGAGUCGUGCGGUACCUGGUCACGAUGGUGAUAGUCGGUGUCGUAGCAUUUUCCAUCCUACUGAUAAAGGAAUACGAGCUAUUAAACAAGCUGAUGUGGAUGGCUCCUCGCCGGUCGGAGCUGCCGGCCGCCGUGGACGAUGAGGACGAUGACGUCGCCGCGGAGAGACGAGUGGCGAGCGAGCUCACUGCAGCGGAGAUAGCGACCCACAGCCUCGUGUGCAGGGACCUCACCAAGUACUACAAGCAGUUCCUGGCGGUGAACCGGCUCACGUUCGCGGUGCGCAAGGGCGAGUGCUUCGGGCUGCUGGGCGUGAACGGCGCCGGCAAGACGAGCACGUUCCGCAUGCUCACCGGCGACGCGCGCAUCUCCGCCGGCGACGCGUUCGUGCAAGGAUACUCUUUGCGCGGACACGUACGCGACGUGCACCGGCUCAUCGGGUACUGCCCGCAGUUCGACGCGCUGUUCGACAACCUGACCGGCCGCGAGACGUUGCGCAUCUUCUGCCUGCUGCGAGGCAUCCCCGCCGCGGUGGGUGCCGCCAGGGCGCUGCAACUCGCCACCACGCUGGGCUUCAUCAAGCACUACGACAAGAAGGUGCACGAGUGCAGCGGCGGAACCAAGCGCAAGAUCAGCACGGCCAUCGCACUGCUCGGCGACUCGCCGCUGAUAUUCCUGGACGAGCCGACGACGGGCAUGGACCCUGCGUCCAAGCGGCUUGUGUGGGCGUGCGUGAACGAGGCGGCGGUGGCGGGCCGCAGCGUGGUGCUGACGUCACACAGCAUGGAGGAGUGCGAGGCGCUGUGCUCGCGGCUCACCAUCAUGGUCAACGGCCGGCUCUACUGCCUCGGCCCGCUGCAGCAUCUCAAGACCAAGUUCUCACAGGGGUAUACAUUGAUAGUAAAGUGCUCCUCGGGGCCGCAAAAGGGGGAAAAUGUUAUCAACAUAGACAAAUACAUCACCGAAAACUUCACUGGUGCAAGGCUUAUUGAAUCGUACUUGGGGGUGAGUACGUAUUACUUAAAGAGUACAGAGUUACCGUGGUGGCAAGUGUUCUAUGUGAUGGAAAAAGCUAGAAAGCUUCAUCCCAUCGGAGAUUACUCGGUGUCUGAGACUACGCUCGAGCAAGUAUUUUUAAGAUUUACUAAGUCACAAAUAAGCGCAGAGUGACGAUUGACUCACAUCAUGGGACGGGAUGCUCAUAACGAAACGUCGGUGCACUAGUGACGCCUAUACCUUCGAGCAGGCAUGAGUGUGUGUGUUUUGUGCUUUAAAGUGUGCAUGCGUGUAUGCUUAGGGUUGCCACCUGUUGUACCAAUUAUACUCACAUAUAUACUCUGUUAACGUUACUAAUGUCUUCUAAAUAGUCUGUGGUUAUAAUGUGAACUAGAUGUCUAGUAUCGUACUAUGUAUAUUCUACUCAAUUAUACUAAGUAUAUAUCAUAGAAAUAUAUUGUACUACAAAAAAUAUUUUCUUUGAGCAAACAUCGCGCUUUUUAUAUUAACUGUGGCAAUAACAGAAACGCAAGCGCACGCAACAUAGAGAAUUGUAGAUCAAAACAAAUUUUCGGCGCGGUCUUUGUCUAUUUUUAGCUAAAGUCAAAAGUAAGUAUAUAGUACUAUAUAUAGGUAUGUUACUGUAAAAGCCCUUACUUAAUCGGUAAAUCUUACCUAGGUCGCAACUACUAAAACUUAAGAUUACCAUUUACAAACAUAGGCUGGUAAAUGUAGGUAAAGAUUAUAAAAGAUAUAUUUUUCUGACUUUUACUUUUGGCAAUAACGGAUGUUUAAUGUUAGUUUUCGCCGCAAUGCAUUUAUUUCUUAAUUUUUUAUUUGAAUUACUUUAUCAGUUGGUUCUUAUGACGCGUCGAAGAAUUUUUUCGCCAAAACUAAAACAAAAAUUCUAACCACAAAAUGCACGCAAAAAUUUAUUAGUACCUCUCGCAGGACGAUACCACGGUAUUCUUGCUUCGCUCCCUUGGCUCGUACAGUAUAUCGAGUUCUGACCUAAGCUAAUGAAAUUAUGGUAAAUAGUGACAUACAUUUUAACAUGGGAACAUACGCAGUGUGUGUGUUUAUAAUUGACAUUUACCGAGUCUCUGGGAUAAAACCUAAGAUUUACCAAGUGGUUGUAAAAGUUCGAAGAAAGAUGAUGCAUAACAUUUCGGGCUAUUUAUAACCAUUUAAGUAGGAAGGUAAGACCUAGGCUAUACCUACUGAAAAAUCUUAAGAUUUACCGUUGUUCAGAAUUGUACAUACAGUAACAUACUUAUAGGCGGAAAAUAAAUAAUGAUAUAAAAAUCGUAUAUUUCUCAGAAGUACUAAAUUUAUUUAGUUUUUUCGAAAAUUUAUGCUUUAAUAAAAGUGGCAAUUAUAUGUACAUCAUACCAUAGAUAUUCACGUUACAAUCAAUAACGAUUAUUGUAACUAACAUCAAUGACGUUUUAUCUUAGACUAACAUUGUAAACCCUUUUGGUAAAGUAGGUAGUUAAGUAUGUGUCGCGGUGUACUAAAAGGUACUUUCUAAAUGCAAAUGCUUAAAUUUUUUAAGCAUUUGCAUUUAGAAAGUGAUAAUAACAAUUUGUAAAAUUGCCGUUAAAAAUUUGUUAUAUAU